AUGACUGAAAAUAAAUUCAAUGCGGAUACAGAUGCAUCUGAUUUAUUUGCAAGCUUGUCAUUAUCUAAGCCUGGUGAAUCCAAGGAAGAACCAAUUAAAAAUGAAGAACCAAUAAAGAAAGAAGAAUCAAAACCGGAAGAAUCAAAAUCGGAAGAGACAAAACCAGAACAACCAAAACCAGAAGAAUCAAAGUCAGAAGAAUCUAAAAAAGAAGAUUCUAAAGAUGAUACAUCAAAAAUAGAGACAGAUACCAUAUCAUCAUCAACAACAACACCCGAAGAUCCAAAUCAAGAUUCAAAUUUAAUUUCAACUAAAUAUGAAGUUCAAGUUAAAUUAGCUGAUUUACAAGCUGAUCCAAAUUCUCCAUUAUAUUCAGUAAAAUCAUUUGAAGAAUUAGGAUUAAAAGAAAGUUUAUUAAAAGGUUUAUUUGCAAUGAAAUUUAAUAAACCUUCUAAAAUUCAAGAAAAAGCAUUACCUUUAUUAAUAUCAAAUCCUCCAACAAAUAUGAUUGGUCAAUCACAAUCAGGUACUGGUAAAACUGCUGCUUUUUCAUUAACUAUGUUAUCAAGAGUUGAUGAAUCAAUAAAUGCUCCACAAUGUAUAUGUUUAUCACCAACAAGAGAAUUAGCAAGACAAACAAUGGAAGUUAUACAAACAAUGGGGAAAUUUUCUAAUAUUACAUAUCAAUUAGUUGUACCAGAAGCAGUUGAUAGAUCACAAGUCAAAGCUCAAAUUAUAGUUGGUACACCAGGUAUAGUAAUGGAUUUUGUUAAUAGAAGAUAUAUUGAUACAAGUAAAAUUAAAGUAUUUGUAUUAGAUGAAGCAGAUAAUAUGUUAGAUGCUCAAAAUUUAGGAGAUCAAUGUAUAAGAAUUAAAAAUAGAUUACCGAGAUCAGCUCAAUUAGUAUUAUUUAGUGCAACUUUCCAUGAUAAAGUUAGAAAAUAUGCUGAAAAAUUAGUUCCAAAUGCAAAUUCUUUAGAAUUAAAACAAGAAGAAUUAAAUGUUGAUGGUAUAAAACAAUUAUAUAUGGAUUGUAAUGAUAUAAAUCAUAAAUUUGAAGUAUUAUGUGGAUUAUAUGGUUUAUUAACUAUUGGAUCAUCAAUAAUAUUUGUUGAAAAAAAAAUAACAGCAGAUCAAGUUUAUGAAAAAAUGAAAAAUCAAGGUCAUAAAGUAAGUUUAUUACAUGGAGGAUUAGAUUAUAAAGCAAGAGAUUUUUUAAUUGAUGAUUUUAGAGAAGGUAGAUCAAAAGUUUUAAUAACAACAAAUGUUUUAGCAAGAGGUAUUGAUAUUGCUUCUGUUUCAAUGGUUGUAAAUUAUGAUUUACCAACUACUCCAGAUGGUAAAGCUGAUCCUUCAACUUAUUUACAUAGAAUUGGUAGAACUGGUAGAUUUGGUAGAGUUGGAGUAUCUGUAUCAUUUAUUGCAAAUAGAAAAGAUUUUGCAAUAUUAGAUGAUAUUUGUAAUUAUUUUAAAAUUGAAAUGACAAGAGUUCCAACUAAUGAUUGGGAUGAAGUUGAAGAGAUUGUAACAAAAGUUAUUAAAAAUAAGAAGUAG